AGUCUCUCUCCAAACAUGUGUCCUCUCGAAGCGCAGCAGUGUGAGGUGUGAUGUCAGGCUCAGCUCUCAGCAGCUUCCAGACGACUUCCAAGGAGGAUCCAGAAGAGAAAAGUGAAGAAAGAAAACCACCGGAGACAUCAGUCUGCAUCCUGACAGCAGGAUUCAGUCGACAUGGAGUCAAAAACUGAAGGUGGAGCGGCAUCGUUGACCAGCGAAGAACUGGCAGCUAUAGACGAUGAAGAAGUUCUCAAUCAGAUGCUUGACAAAGCAACAGACUUUGAAGAGAGACGCCUGAUUCGUGCUGCGUUAAGGGACCUGCUCAAAAAAAAGAGAGAUAAACGGGAGCAGGAGCGAGGGUCGAGGCAGCAGGACUUAAGGCAGCAGGGUCUGAGCAAAGGAGGAGCACCAGGAGGAGCCGUUAGCGUCGGCAGAGCGUCCAUGAACCAGCAGCCGACAGCAAACAAAGCAACAGGCCAGCCCUCUCCAUCAGCCUCCAGCCCCUUCAGCAGGACAGCAGGCAGCAAGCCCAGUCCCGCUGCAGCCCAGCAAUGUCCUCCCGCUGCAGCACCCAACGCUAAAAAUGUCAAACAGAUGCUUCUGGACUGGUGCCGGGCCAAAACAGAGCCUUAUGAGGGGGUGGACAUCCAGAACUUCUCCUCCAGUUGGAAAGAUGGCAUCGCCUUUUGCGCCCUGGUGCACCGAUUCUUCCCCGAUGCAUUCGAGUACUCCAUCCUCAACCCCAACGAGCACAAGGAAAACUUCCAGCUGGCUUUCAGCACUGCAGAGAGGCUGGCUGGCUGCCCCGCUCUGCUGGACCCUGAGGACUUGGUCCGGAUGAAAGAACCCGACUGGAAGUGUGUGUACACCUACAUCCAGGAGUUCUACCGCUGCCUGGUGGAGAAAGGCCUGGUCAAAACCAAAAAGCGGCCGUAGACUCCAUCAUGAUUGACCACUGAUGAAGUGUAAUCUAAGUCACAAAUCAUGGGCCAGAGUCUAAGACUUGACCGUGUUCAAAUGUUAACCUCUUGAUGCCUACUGUCACGAAUUUGCAAUAUACCGCUUUCAUUCAGACUGCAGCCGAGAUAGCGUAUCCAUUUCCCCAAUGCUGGUUUGUGCAUAUUAAAUAUGUACCUCAGAACCUUUUGCAAGCACCGGUUUCUCGUAGGAUCGGUUGGAGUGGGACCUAAUUAUGAUACAGACGUGGACAAAAUUGUUGGUACCCCUCGGUUAAUGAAAGAAAAACCCACAAUGGUCACAGAAAUAAUUUGAAUCUGACAAAAGUAAUAAUAAAUAAUAAUUCUAUGAAAAUUAACCAAUGAAAAUCAGAUAUUGCUUUUGAACCGUGGUUUAACAGAAUUAUUUUAAAAAAUAAACUCAUGAAACAGG